GUUGCAAAAUGUGCGUCGUGAUUUGACGUGGCGAACUAUGCUCUUUUCAUGUUUGUGGGUAGGCAUCUUUGUGCUGCAUCUUUUUAGGCUGUAAUAGCUAUUACCAUUUACAACCAAAAGAAACUGAACUUAAACCAGAUCUUCAUAUUGGCAGCACAAGUAUUAAACAAGAUUUUUCAAAAAGGGGGAAACAUAUUUGGUUACAGUGACCCCGCUAUUUCUGGUGAUAUUAAUACAGAAAGGCAUUGUCCCAUUUUAAAGAAAAUAAUAAUAACUAAAACGUAGUAAUUACUAUGUGCCAAGCAUUUUUUUUCUGAAUACAUAUAUUAACUUGUUAGUCUUCAUCAACUCUUACAGUAGCUGCUGUAAUUGUCCCGAUUUACAGACUUGAGGAAACUCAACUUUCUUUGACACAGAUUUCUUCUUUUAAAGAACACAAACUUAGAUCAUAUUGUUCCCCAUCAGAAACUUCUCAACACAGAGACCAGGAGUAAAGAGAAGCAAUGCAGAAGUCAGAGUGCCAUGGAGGCGUACAGUUGAGAAACAGAGUAACAGAUGACCAUGAUGAAAGGACAUCAUUGAGUGCGCAAGUGAAACAUAGGACUACAGUUCAACAAAGCAAAUCCUUGUCAACCAGUUCUCCAGAAUCUGCAAGACAACUUUAUCCUCGACCGAGUGAUAAACUUAACCCUAAGACAAUUAACCCAUUUGGUGAACAAUCACGAGUGCCUUCUGCAUUUGCAGCUGUUUACUCUAAAGGAGGUAUUCCCUGCAGGUUGGUCCACGGUUCUGUGAAACACAGGUUGCAGUGGGACUGUCCUCCUGAAAAUCUUCCAUUUGACCCUCUUCUUAUUACUUUAGCUGAGGGUCUGAGAGAGACUAAACAUCCAUAUACGUUUGUGUCAAAGGAAGGUUUUAGAGAAUUACUCUUGGUCGCAGGUGCUCCUGAAAAAGCUGUGCCUUUGCUUCCUAGACUGAUUCCCGUGCUGAAGGCAGCUCUGGUCCACUUGGAUGAUGACGUCUUUGAAAGAGGACUGAAUGCCCUGGUACAGCUCAGUGGCGUUGUUGGUCCUUCUCUGAAUGACCAUCUGAAACAUCUGCUUACAAGUCUUUCCAAGAGACUAAGGGACAAGAAAUUCAAAGAGCCAAUCACCAGUGCAUUACAGAAGCUAGAGCAGCAUGGCGGAAGUGGGAGCCUCCUCAUCAUCAAAUCUAAAAUUCCAACAUAUUGCUCCAUACGCUGUUGAAGAAAGGGACCAACAGAAAUCUCACCACCAGGCGUUAAAAAGCACUGGCCAUGGGUAUCUGCAGAACUUUGCAGAUUCACUUUAGUUUAGUCUCUUGUAAAUCACAGCUGACCUUCGGUAUUUACUGGCUUUACAUGAGUAUACACAGUUCCACUGAAUCAUAGUGCACGUUAUUCAUCCAAAAAAAAAAAAAAAAAGAAUGGUUAAUGAUGGAAAACUAUUAAAAAAAAAAGUUCUGUAAUAGUGCAAUCUUGUGGGGUUUAUUGUUUCAUGUUUUUAAUGGUUUGUGUGAACAACCAUUACUGGGUUUACUGUGGAUGUGUUUGUAUGUAUGUAUUUUCUGGUGCCUUUUAUUUAUAGCCUUUAUACAGUCGGUUUGUGGCUGUGCUUUUUUUUUUUUUUUUUUUUGAUAUUUUGGCAUUUCCUGGGUUUUAUAUUUAUCAAGUCUAUGGAAAUUUAAAAUAGUGGACAAACAUUUGUGAAGUCACUGUGAAUUUUUAUUUAUAAAUAUGUAUUUUAUAAUUUAGAAUGCUUGCGAAAAUUUCCUCUCAGAGUAUUUUAGUUUAAGAAAAAAAUUUUUAAUGUAUAAAUUCUUUUACAAGUAUGUUGUUUAUUACAACUCCUUAAAACUACCUAAACUUUAGGUGUUAAUUAUAUUUAAAUAAAUGCUAUUUUUGUA